CGAUCCUCUGUUCUAAAAAAAGAGGCGUGUGUAUGAAGCAAUUAUAGGCCAAUACUCCUCAAUUCUUCAACCACUUGCCCACACGGAUAUAUCAUCAAUUUUUUUUCGUUUUCAAAUUAAAAAUUGAUGAUGUAGGUUUAUUUGAUCUUGCACCGUUCGUAUCAAACAUUACACUUUUGUUAGAUGAACGAGUGAAGCGUUUAUCAAAUGCAAAUUGAUAGUGAUAACCAUCGUUUCAGCAUUAAUUGAUUUUGUACCUUUUCUAUUUCGUCGAACACAAAAUUUCCAACCAUUCAUUAGCUUUCCUCAAAUUUCAUUAUCGGUGAUCUUGUAUUUUUGGAAUUACAAGCCCAUUGCCCUUGUUCCUCGUACGAACAGUUUUCUUGAUUUUUUUUUUUUUGUUUGUUUGUUUGUUCAUAAAAAGUUGGAUUUGGAAGGUUUCAGAGUUUCAAUGGCGGGUGGAUUUGGAGGAAUAUGCGCGGGUUUUCGUUCAAUGAUGUUGACGAUGUUCAACUUUGCUGUAGUUUUGGCUUUGGUUUCCGGCGAGAGAAAAAUGAAGCUCGAAGGAAGUUCUGAAGAUUUGAAUCUGUUUCGAGGAGCUUUGAAUUUCUUGUGGCAAUCGGACAAAACAGGUUAUCAUCAUGUUUGGCCUGAAAUGGUAUUUGGGUGGCAGAUUGUAGUUGGUUCUGUUAUUGGGUUUAUGGGUGCUGCAUUUGGAAGUGUAGGAGGUGUUGGUGGUGGGGGAAUUUAUGUUCCUAUGCUUAGUUUAAUCAUUGGGUUCGAUCCAAAAUCAUCAACAGCUAUAUCGAAAUGUAUGAUAAUGGGAGCAGCAGCAUCAACCGUCUAUUAUAAUCUUAAGCUAAGACAUCCAACACUUGAACUUCCUAUCAUUGAUUAUGAUUUGGUUCUUCUUAUCAUGCCCAUGCUCAUGUUGGGCAUCAGCAUUGGGGUGGUUUUCAAUGUCAUAUUUGCUGAUUGGAUGGUUACUGUCCUCCUUAUCGUUCUCUUCUUAGCUACGUCAACGAAAUCGUUUUUGAAGGGUGUUGAAACUUGGAAGAAGGAAACCAUAAUGAAAACGGAGGCUGCUAGGCGUGCUGAAUCAAAUGAUAUUCAAGCCGAUACGGCAUAUGCUCCUCUUCCUAGUGGACCGAGCCAAAGGCCUGAAACGAACAACACUGAUCAAGAGGUUCCAAUUCUCGAGAACGUGUAUUGGAAAGAAACGGGUCUUCUUUUUUUAGUUUGGUUUGCAUUUCUUGCAAUACAGAUAGCCAAGAAGCAUUCACCCAAUUGUUCAUGGGAAUACUGGCUACUGAACUUCCUGCAGAUACCAAUUGCUUUUGGUGUAUCUGGUUAUGAAGCAGUUAGUUUGUAUAAAGGAAAGAGAAAAAUUGCAUCUCUGGGAAAUCAGAAGACAGAUUUUCGAAUUUACCAGCUUGUUCUAUAUUGCUUCUUGGGCAUAAUAGCGGGAGUUGUUGGUGGGCUGCUUGGUCUUGGUGGAGGAUUUAUUAUGGGUCCACUGUUUCUGGAGCUCGGCAUUCCCCCUCAGGUAUCAAGUGCUUCAGCAACUUUUGGAAUGACAUUCUCCUCAUCAAUGUCUGUUAUACAAUACUAUCUUCUUAACCGUUUUCCCGUUCCUUAUGCUCUUUACUUCACCAUUGUGGCCGCUGUAGCUGCAUUUGUUGGACAGCACGUCAUCAGAAGACUGAUCAACUUGAUUGGAAGAGCAUCUUUAAUUAUCUUCAUCUUGUCCUUCACGAUAUUCGUCAGUGCACUCUCUCUAGGUGGAGUUGGAAUCUCGAAGAUGAUAAGACAAAUUCAGCGACACGAAUACAUGGGAUUCGAAAAUCUGUGCAAAUAUGAUGCAUAAGGUAUGGCCUUCUAGGAAAUAAAUGUGAUUUAGUAAUUGUUUUGAAAUUCUUGUGAUUAAUUGGAACUUUUGUCCCUUAAAUUCGAUGGCUAAGAUGCUAGAAUUAAUUGAUUUACAUCAUUAGGACAGUUUGUUAUAUGGGCCUCGAAACCCUAGAAAGUAAAAAUGUAUAUUUUAGUUUGGAAGAAAGCAGAGUCUCAAAAACACUAGCAGAUUUACGCAGGAGCCAAUGGGAUACAUGCUCCUUCGUAUUAUCGAUUUUUGUAUUUUGAUAUUAAUUUUAAAAUGUCAGAUUACAAUAUACGUUAAAUAA